AUGCAACAAGCAGGAAUAAGAACAAGUCACAUUAUGAGACUACUAGCUGUACAGGCUGGGGGAUACCGCAACCUGGGUUUCCAUGAAACAGAUAUGUACAAUGCGCUGAAUCGGCAGAGGCAGGUAGCAGUUGGUGAUGGGGACAGCGAUUCGGCACUUGCAUUCUUGUUAGGCAAGCAACGAGGUGAUCCGAAUUUAUUUUUCAAAUAUUCUGUAGAUGGCCAUGGCCGCCUGAAUCGCUUGUUUUGGGCUGAUUCCGUGUGUAGAGACGACUAUAGAUGCUUUGGGGAUGUGCUAGUGUUCGACAGCACGUAUAAUACAAACCAGUACAGAUUUCCAUUGGUUGUGUUGUGUGGGGUUAACAAUCACUACUCGACAUGUAUCUUUGCGUGUGCUUUUAUCGUUCGCGAAGGAGAUGAGGGAUAUGAUUGGGUUAUAAGUACAUUCUUAGAAGCAAUGAAUGGGAGGAAACCGAUAGCAGUGGUGACAGAUGGGGACAAGUCCAUGCGAAAGUGCAUUAAAAAAUUCAUGCCCACAGCUAAGCACAGACUUUGCAGCUUCCAUUUGGAAAUGAAUGCUGCUACAAAUGUAAGGGACAAAGAGUUCUUGCAGGCAUUCAAGACCUGCAUGUUUAUGAAUUCUACAACAAUUAAUUUUGAAACGAGGUGGGCAGGGGUUGUCAGACGUUUUCGGCUUGAAAAUAACGAAUGGGUUAAGAAGAUGUACCGCAAGAGGGAGCUCUGGGCUAUGGCUUUCCUGAGAGGCAACUUUUUCGGAGGAGUGCGGAGUACCCAAAGGUGCGAGAAAAUGCAUCAGGUCUUAAAAUUACAUCUGACCCCCAAGUUGAAGUUUUUUGAGUGCCUUCAAACAUAUGACUUGGAGGUGGGCCGGUUGCGACAUGAAGAGAGGCGUCAACGGGCUGUCACAGAGCACACUACCCUUCUCGGUGCGACACAGCUGCAGGCGCUGGAAAAACAUGCUGCUGAACUGUUUACUAGGUCCACUUUCGUUGUGGUACGGGAGGAAAUGAAGAAGCAGGGGCUAUUUUGUAUGAUUAAUGGCAGGGAUGAUGGAAUAAAUGCUGUGCACUUCAUGAAGCAUCCGUACAAUUACUCCUACUACACUGUGGUGUAUAACAGGUCCACGCGACAUAUGAAGUGCUCGUGCCUGAAAAUGGAAACACACGGCCUGCCUUGUUGUCACAUGUUUCGUGCAAUGCUAUUUGAGGAACUGAAAAAGAUCCCUCCAAACUGCAUCAUGAAGAGGUGGACUCGAUAG